AUGGCCUCCUAUGCUGCAAUCAAUUCCACCCCGAGCGAGCACGGUAGCGACUCUCGACCCGCCUCGACGGCUUCCCAGCGGCGAACAAGACAUACCAAGCAGAACGGCGUGGUAGGCUCCGCAUCAUGGGCUUCUUCGGUCAUCAACCUGGUGAACACGAUCGUUGGUGCAGGUGUACUGGCUAUGCCGCACGCCAUGUCUAAUAUGGGGAUUACGUUGGGCGUCAUUGUAAUACUAUGGGCUGGCCUCACGAGCGGAUUCGGACUAUACCUUCAGACAAGAUGCGCGCGCUAUCUGGACCGUGGAGCGUCUUCUUUUUUCGCAUUGAGCCAGAUUACAUACCCAAACGCGGCGGUCUUAUUCGAUGCCGCGAUCACGAUCAAAUGCUUUGGAGUCGGCGUGUCAUACCUCAUUAUCAUCGGGGAUCUCAUGCCGGGAGUCGUGAGGGGCUUUUCCUCGAGCGUUGAUAGUGGCAGCGCCCAGUACCUGGUGGAUAGGCAAUUCUGGAUCACGGCGUUCAUGUGAGUCGUCAGCACCACACGGUGACUGGUUAUGCCUGCUGACUUGUGACGAGGUUGAUUGUGAUACCUCUCUCUUUUCUGCGCAGGCUGGACAGCUUGAAGUACACCUCCAUUAUCGCGCUCAUCUCGAUUGCAUAUCUGGUCGUACUGGUCGUCUAUCACUUCGCAUCCGGGGAUACUUUGGAUGACAGAGGCACCGUCAGAUGGGGCAAAUGGGCAGGGCCCCUACCUGUACUCUCCAGUUUUCCGGUUAUCGUCUUUGCCUACACUUGCCAUCAGAACGUAAGUUUAGGGAGCCAGUCAGUUUAUGGAGGCAACGGCUGACCCCAACACAGAUGUUCUCUAUCCUCAACGAGAUCAAAGAUGCAAGUCCAGCCAGAACUACCGCCGUUGUGACUGCAUCCAUCGGCACUGCGGCCAGCAUCUAUAUCCUCGUUGCGAUUACUGGCUACCUCUCCUUUGGAGACAGCGUCAUCGGCAACAUCGUCGCCCAAUACACCCCUAGCAUCGCAUCCACCAUUGGGCGAGCGGCUAUUGUGGUGCUUGUUAUGUUCAGCUAUCCACUCCAGGUGCAUCCGUGCCGUGCCUCAUUAGACGCUGUUACGAAGUGGAGACCUGCGACUCGCCGGAAUACCGAGCUCACACCGGCUGCAUCCUCUCGCGGCUCUCCCAGCCGGAAUUCGCUGUUAGCACCGGGUAAAAUGCCCGUCAACAGACCGAAGCCGGAAGACAUGAGCGAACUUCGAUUUGCUGUUUUGACAACACUCAUCAUCAUUCUCUCUUAUAUCGUUGCCAUGACUGUCAGCAGCCUGGAUAAAGUCCUAGCAUAUGUUGGCGCUACAGGAAGCACGGCCAUCUCUUUCAUUCUGCCAGGCAUGUUCUACUACAAAAUCAGCGCACCGGAUUCACCGCAUCACCAACGACUUCUCAAGGAUGAAGAUGACGAGGAGUACUCUGGUUCUCCAGACUCGCAAGAAGAGGGAGGCUCGCGGGUUGGGCAAAGAUCACGGAGCGACAUAUUGAGAAAGCUGAGUGCCGCAAUCGCUAUCUACGGUGCUGUUGUCAUGGUGGUGUGUCUCACUACCAAUGCUGUCUUCCAUGCGGGAGCGCAUUAA